AUGGGGCUGCCGUCUGGCACCCUUCCGGCGAGUGCAAUAGUUCAAAAGGAAGCCUCAACUAAGGCGAUCCCAUCGACACACGAUUAUACAGGAUCGUAUGCGAAAACCCUCACUGAAGCUCUGGGUUCAUCUGCAGCUCCUAAAUGCAUUGAACCCGAAUCGAUCAAAGGAAGAAGAACUUCACACAAUGGCAAACCAACUUUGAUUUUCAAAGCAACUGAUUUCUAUGGAGUGAUGGCAAGUCAUUGUCGAAGGACAAUUGUAGGAGGAUUUCUCAAAAGUCAGCCCCAAAUUCAUUCUAUUAGGUCAAAGUUUUCUGAGAAAUUUCCAAUGAAAGGAACUCCAAAAAUAGGUGUGUUUGACAAUUUCAAUAUCUUUCUAAACUUCACAAAUGAUGAAGAUUACAAUUUUAUUCUUUAUAAAAGAUUGAUUGAAGUUGAUGGGUAUCAAAUUUGGCUACAAAAAUGGACACCGAAUUUUAAGCCGGAGGAAGACUUACCCACAGUUCCGAAAAUUGAGUUUGAAAAUAUCCCAAAAUACUGCAAGCAUUGCAGGAAGUUGGGACAUAAUUUAAUUGAAUGUAGGGUGGUUGAAAAGAAAAAACAAAAGGAACUAAAGGAAGAAGAGGAAAAAACAGCAGCACACAAAAAUGAAGCUUCAAGAAAGGAACAGAAUGUUAAGAAAUUUGAGCAGAAUAAGAAAAAGAAUCCUUUGGAGCAAAAUUGGAAAUUCAAUGAAAACCAACAAAAUGAAAGAGGUAGAGAGGAACAGAUAAAUAAUGGUAAGUUUUUCAGGAGAUUUAGGGGGGAAAGUGAGCCCCCUAAAACUGUUUUCAAGCCUACAGGAGCUAUUUUUGGAGUCAACAAACCAAUGCCUGAAAAUGAGACACAAAGAAAAGAAAAUGUCAAUAAUGUGAACCAGGGAAAAGAUAAAUCAGAGAAAAAAAGCAAAGGGGAACAUGAGGUGAGUAAGGAUAAUAUAGAGGAGAUAGGGGACAUGAGUGUAUCCGAGAUGAAAGAUACCAACGCUGAUGGGACUGAUCACAACUUCAAAACCCCUGAAGGAAGUAAAACAGUCCAGGAAGGAAGUAAACCUUCACAGAACACAGUCAUGAUAAAUGAUCCAAAUGAAUUGGAGAUAGUGUUAUAUGAGGAGGGAUGGGAACAUGCUGGUAGCAAAAAGAAAAGAUCAUCCGGCAAAAGAUCAAAAAAAGAAAAACAAGCAAAGACUAAUCAUGUAACCAAAGAGGUAGAGCAAACUAUCACACAAAACAACUUUGAUGAAUUAUUGGAAGAGGGGAUUAAAGACAAGGAUGAGGAAGAAUUACAAGAGGAAAUCAAUGAGGACAAACAAGAACCAAAACAAGAUAAUGAUGAUGAAUGGGCUGAAGUUACAUCAACAGAGGAAGAAAACACCUCAGAUGAGUCUGAAGAAGAAGAUGAGGAUGAAAGUGAGGAAGAUGAGAGUAAGGAAGAAGAGAAGUUAAUAAAGGAUCUCAAGAGUAAGAAAGAACAGUCUGGUUCAAAGAAAGUUACAGUUGAGAAAAUGCCUCCAGGAGGUAUGACAGGGAAAAUGGAGGGUGAGCAAAACAAGAGGAAUAUUAGCGCAAAACAUCAAAAGAAGGAUCCCAAAAAAGCUUUCAAACAGAAUAUUAAUGUUUAA